CGUCUCCACCAAAGGUUGCGUUUGAAAAGGGAUUGCUUACGACUGGCAGAUCCGUUAAAGCAAUGGCCGCGAAUGUACUGUGCAAAGUUUCUGAUGUUGAAAUCGACCCUGACGGAGUGUUCAAAUACAUUUUGGUCAGGGUGAAGGUAAAAGACGGAGCAGAGUACAAAGACAUAGUGAGAGGCACAAAGAAUGCUCAGUAUCACAAUCACAUAUUUGAGAAGGUCAGUCCUGAGAUGCAGAACUUCGGACUGGACUGCACCUGUUUGGGAGGGGGGAAGAUUGAGCACAACAGUAAGGAGAAGACGAUCAGAGUUUUUGGUGAAUCUACAGGCUAUGGCAAAGCAGAGCAUUCAGUGACUGCUGAAAAGCUGAAGUCCGCCUUCCAAGACUACAAUAUCACCUGGUCUGAUGACAAAAAGUAGACCGUAUUUAAUUGGGCAGUAUUUUACGAAUCUGAUAUUAAUUUCAUAUUACUAAUAUUCAGCCCCAUUACUAAAACAUGUCAAGGCUACCUAGACAAUAGUUGCAGUACAUUUUGGUAUUUUAAAAUUCACUUUGGACAAUGUAUAUAAACCGCUGUUUCAGCACAAAGUCAGGUCAGAUGUAUUAAAUAUCUUGUCAGCAUUAUACCUACUAUAAUUUAUUUAGCUGAUUCCUUUGCUGUGUCAUUGGUACCCCUGUGAGACUCAGAAAUAAAAUAGUAAAGCAAUAA